UUUUUUCUGUUUUCGUUCAAAUAUGCAUCGCAGCUUUUCAGUAGAAGAAAAUAAUGACUACAAAAGAAUUAUUUCUAUUAGUGAUCAUGAUGAAGAAAAACCUGUCAUUGUACCGCAAACAUUACUUAACGACUCUAAUAUUUUAGAUGUUGAAAAGUGUGAUAAAACAGAUAAUGUCAGUCAUAUAAUGGAUGCUUUAAGAUGUGCACUUGUUGGUUUCGAAAGGCAUAUACAAGCAGAAAACAAUUGCACAAAUGAUAUUAGGAAUCUAUGCAAUGAAGCCAAAUCGUUGCAAGCAAAAUUAAAAGACAAGAAAAGUUUGAUAAUAAGUCAUUUUCAGAAUGUUGUUUCGAAUCUUGCUGAGGAAAAGUGAAAUGACAGUUGAAUUAACUACGAGUCAACCUCAUAUUUUAAUUUUUUCGAAAAAUAAAUCCAAGUUAUGAAUAUUUUUUAACCAGAACUUUGUGGCCAGAAAAAUUUCUCAUCAAAAGACUGUCAAGCUAUAACAUGGCAGAAAUCUACAUUACCAAUUGUAAGCAUCAAUGUGCAAACAGAAACGUUAUUUAUGACUAAAAUCAAGAGCACAACAUUUGUGUCACAUUCUUCUGUGAGGCGAUAACAUUUUAGUUCAGUUUUAGGGCCUAGUACAAAAAGUCCGUGAAAAAUUAACUGAUUCGAUCACACCGUUAAGAGAAUAUCAUUUGAAGUUUGGAAUUCUGAAUGAGCUGUACUCGAGACCACUGAAAAGAACUCAAGUUGCAGAAUCAUUACGUGUACAGUGGGA